AAAAAGGUAAACAGAAAGUCAUUUAGGAAAGAGAGAGAGAGAAAGACAAAUAGAAGAAGUUGAAGUUGCAGAGACGCGUUUGUCUGAGAAAGAAUUGGAAGGUUGCUAAUUAUGAGAUAUAUAUAAAAAUUGUGGCGGUAGUGAAACAGAGAAGAAAGAGAUAACAAUAUCGAGUUACAAUGAGUACCGAAAAGAUUCCUUCGCAAGCUUCUGUUUCUUCGUCUUCUUCGUCCACUACUUCCAGUAACUAUGAGGUGAGCAAGGGAUUCAAUGGCCUCGACAAGGUUAUUCUUCGCGAUGCUCGUGGAAGCUCUGCCGAGAGUCGUUUUGGAUUUGCCAAGUCGGUUUUUGUCGCCAUUGUCGGUUGGGGAGUGCUGAUCUCUAUAGCUUUUACUGGAUCGCCAGCUUCUGCUUCUUCGUCUUCUUCUUCCACUACUUCCAGUAGCUACGAGGUGAGGAAGGGAUUCAAUGGCCUCGACAAGGUUAUUCUUCGCCAUGCUCGUGGAAGCUCUGCCGAGGUGUACUUGUACGGUGGUCAAGUGACUUCUUGGAAGAAUGACCAAGCCGAGGAAUUGCUUUUUCUCAGCAGCAAGGCUAUAUUUAAGCCUCCAAAGGCAAUUCGUGGAGGGAUUCCACUAUGUUUUCCUCAAUUUUCAAACCUUGGUCCUCUUGAUUCACAUGGAUUUGCUCGAAACCGGUUCUGGACCAUUGAUGAUAAUCCUCCACCAUUUCCAACAAAUACUUCGAGCAAAGCCUUUGUUGAUUUGAUUCUUAAACCCUCCGGGGACGACAUCAAGAUUUGGCCUCACAGUUUCGAGUUUCGUCUUAGAGUAGCUCUUGGACAUGGAGGAGAGCUAAUGUUGACAUCUCGAAUCAGGAACACUAACAAUGAUGGGAAGCCAUUUUCAUUCACAUUUGCUUAUCAUACAUAUUUCUCUGUGUCAGACAUAAGUGAGGUACGGGUGGAGGGGUUAGAGACGUUGGAUUAUCUUGACAACUUGCAGAAAAGGAAACGCUUUACUGAACAAGGGGAUGCUUUAACAUUUGAAUCAGAAGUUGACAGGAUAUAUCUCAGCACUCCUACAAAGAUUGCAAUUCUUGAUCAUGAGAAGAAGAGGACAUUUGUAUUACGUAAAGAUGGGCUUGCUGAUUCUGUGGUGUGGAAUCCUUGGGAUAAGAAAGCAAAGUCUAUGCCUGAUUUCGGUGAUGAUGAGUAUAAGCAUAUGCUUUGUGUAGAGGCUGCUGCUAUUGAAAAGCCUAUUACUUUGAAACCUGGCGAGGAAUGGAAGGGAAGACUCGAACUUUCAACUGUUCCUUCUAGUUAUCGUAGUGGACAGCUUGAUCCCCGAAAAGUUAUUCAUGGAAGCUGAAAAGUCAUUAUUGCGUUUUAUGUCCUGACAGGUGACUUGUUGCCAUAGCGAUGAACGACGAAAGGAAAGUUUCUCCGAGCAAUUUUCCCCCUUCUUGUUGGAAGAAUGAACUCAUGUAUGGAGUUUUGCUAAAUAAUAUGUUUUAACGGAAGACUAGUUCUGUCAUAAUUGACGUGCAAGUGGAAGAGUCCAUAGUUGUUUAUCCAAAACCAAAAUUACAACCCCAAUUUUAAUAGAUUUUCAUGUUGGGUUGAAUGGCCCAGACCAGUGAAAUUACUUUUAACAGGGUCAUUUUACAACGCUACAAGUUGAACUGUAUGUCAUACGUUGCCGCAAUCUACAUAUUCAACUAAUAAAGUAAGAUGUUCAUUAAA